AUGGGGUGCACCUACGAUGUUGAGUAUGACGAAUGUCGAGGCUGCAGUGACAGUCAUCCUGAUGUCACGAACUUCCACAUCCCUGCCUCACAGCUUUGGAAGAGCCGCAUGGAGGAGCAUGUUUGCACAGCGCCGCGCAGCCAUCCCUGCGGCAAGUCAUGCUGCUGCAACGCCGAAUGGAAGUGGGAUCUCGAGCAAAGGCAGUGCGUGAAAGCAAAGGUGCUCCUCGGCGAGAAGCCCUCACCAUCUCCGCCAGAGUCGAAGCCACCUGAUCCAGACCCGAUUCCUGGAUCCCAGGUUUGGGACUCGUGCGAGGCUCGGUCUGCAUACCAAUGUGGCAAGGGCCACUGCUGCUGUAUGUUUGGCUGCACGUUCGACGUGGAAGCCGAUUCGUGCACGGGAUGCAGAGCCAACGACCCCUCAGUGAUUCUGUUCCAUAUCCCUUCAUCCCAUCGAUGGACUGGGAGGAAGCAGGCCGGAUGUCAUGAUCCCUACAAAUGUGGGAGCUGCGACGCAAAGCUAAGCCAUCGAUGUGGUUGGUCCUGUUGCUGCAAUGCCGGCUACACAUGGAACCUGGAGCAGCGAAGGCCCUCAGCGGUCCUUGUUCUCCAGCCACUUGCUGCCACUAGGUUCAAGGCCACGAAGCAGCGAGUCGAGCAUCUGAACAAGCUGAAUGGCGAGCCUGCCUUCGGCAUCACGUGGAUGGCGGACCGCUACGACCAGGAAAAGUACAAGAGGGGCCACCAUAAGCCUAAGGGCUUUGUGCCCGUGGCGCCAGUGCGUAACUUCACCAAUCGCGCCCGCACGGCCACGGCCGUGGACUGGCGCCUCACGGAGGCCGUGACGCCCAUCAAGAACCAAGGGCAGUGCGGAUCUUGUUGGGCCUUUUCAGCCACGGAAGCCGUGGAAUCCCAGCUGAUCAUGGCUUCCGGCGGAAGGUAUGACAUUGAGCUUUCGCCUCAGCAGAUCACCAGCUGCGCACCAAGCACCGGGACCUAUGGCUGCCAAGGUUGCAACGGGGGCUUCACAGAGGGUGCAUAUGAGUACCUCAAGACGGUCCCCGGCCUCGCCAACAGCUUCUACAUCCCCUAUGAGCAGAGCCUGACGGAGUCCACAGACACUGCUGCCUGCCCCAAGUCGAAGGUGGAUGCCAUGAAUGGGCCUUACAUGCAGCUCUCUGGUGGCUAUGCAGCUGUGACAGGCUACAGCUACGCGGUGAAGCCUUGCACUGAGGGGACCUGUGAACACCAGGAUCUGAAGGGCUUGGCAGCUGCCAUUGCAGAAUCUCCCAUCUCGGUGUGUGUCAACGCAGGCGUCUGGAACGACUACACCGGUGGCGUCCUCUCUGCUGCAGCCUGCGGUCCCAUGGGCGCAGACUACCAGGACCACUGCGUCAUGGCUGUUGGCUACAACUCGACAGCUCCCAAGCCAUAUUGGAUCGUCCGCAAUUCCUGGGCAUCGACUUGGGGAAUACAGGGCUACAUCUACCUGGAGAUGGACAAGAACACCUGCGGUGUCGCGGAUGACGCAACAAUCCCCCAUGUGAAAGUGGACCUCACGGAGGAUGAGGCCAAAGAAGCUGCAGCCCGACGCGAGGCGAUGUUCCGCCGUGCCAGCGAGUUUGCUACUGAGCCUGCGGUGCAGAUGGUUGUAUAA